CACGGGCUCCACGUGAAGUCAUGAGCCUGUGAGAGACUUCUGUCUACUUUCUAGUAAAGAAGACAUAACCAGAAUGAAAGAACGGAGAGAUGGAUGUGCAACUGAUUAACAAAACUCAGUUCAUGAUUGGCUUACUUGGGUUGGGAGGGGCUGCUCUGAUGAAACAAAAAAUGUUGGGCGACACCUUGACGAAUGAUGCGCACGCGGCACGAGGGGCUUUAUAAACGCAGUGAGCGCCGGGGAUUGGAGAAGCCUACGAGCCCUGCAUUACAUCUCAACUCCGGGACUCAUCACUUCACUUCUCUUCUUCCAGAGGUAAAAAAAAAAAAAGCGCUCCAGCAUGAACGGCCACUGCAACGUUAAUGUAAACGACACCGUGGAGAAGUUCCAGUGCAACAACGGAUUCAGCGACCUCAGCAUAGACACCAAGAAGUCCGAGCGCGACACGUCCCGCAAAGAGGAUGAGGACAAGUCAUGUUUAGACCUACAUGUGCUCGAGGCUGCCUACACCAGCAUCCUCCGGGAGCUCGGCGAGGACACGGACCGACAGGGGCUGCUGCGCACGCCGCUGCGCGCAGCCAAGGCAAUGCAGUUCCUCACCAAGGGCUACCACGAGACCAUCAGCGACAUCUUAAACGACGCAAUAUUUGAUGAAGACCACAACGAGAUGGUGAUUGUGAAGAACAUAGACAUGUUUUCACUCUGUGAACAUCACCUAGUGCCCUUUUUUGGCAAGGUUCACAUUGGGUAUAUUCCCAACAAAAACGUUGUGGGACUGAGCAAGCUGGCAAGGAUUGUGGAGCUCUUCAGUCGGAGACUCCAAGUUCAAGAGCGUCUGACCAAGCAGAUCGCCAUGGGAAUAUCAGAGGCUUUGCGGCCAAAAGGUGUAGCUGUGGUUAUUGAAGCAACGCACAUGUGUAUGGUCAUGCGCGGUGUCCAGAAGAUAAACAGCCGCACUGUGACAAGCACCAUGUUGGGUGUUUACCUGGAGGACCCCAAAACCAGGGAGGAGUUCCUGACUCUUUCACAGAACCCCUAACAAAUGUCAUUCACUCCAGGGCCUCUGCAUACAGUAGUACACAUAAAGCUUUAGAGUAACAGUAGAUCCAUAUCUAACUUUUAGGAAAUCAUACAAACCAGAAAACACAAAGCUGCUUUGAUGCAAGAUCCAAGCCAAGCCUCGAUACACUGACGCCUGACUGUGAACAUAAUAGGAAAAAGAAGACGUGCCUUUGUUAGAUAUUUUACAUCUUAGGUCUCACAUGGCAAUAUUGAUGUUAUAAAGUAUGAAACCUGAUUUUGUAACAUGUUAACUUAAGAUUAUACUUUUUUUUUUUGAAUGGGAAUUUAAUUGCCUUUCCUUGCUUUAUCAUCAUAAUAAGAAUUUACUGAUCUGAAUAAUUUAAUGAACUAUGUGUCAUUCAUAAAUAAAUUUAUAAAGUCUUUGUAAUAUUUGACAUUUCUAAGAUACAAAUUAAAUAUGUAGCCCAAAGAGUAUAAUAAAUGAUG